UCUCACGUUCUGCCCAAUUCGGCUGCGCGUUUCUGAAACCACAGCACCACUGAGAAUUGAACCAUUGCAUUGCCGCAGUCGCUAGCUAACUGUGGUUGUCUAUUUUUCUUCCCUCUUCCAUCCCUUUCCCGUUUGUUACGUCUCAUAUUGUUUAAAUUAAAAAACUUCUCUCUUUAAAUAAACUUUUUUUCACAACUUUUUUUUGUUUGUUUCCUUAAAAACUGUUUGUUUUAUUCCUUACUUUUUUAAGAUAAUGUGAAUUAAACCAACAAAAGUGUUUUUUUUUGUGUGUGAUAUAAUAUAAAUGGCAAAAUGUGGUUUGAUGAUACUGAAAUCUACUCGAUCGGCAUGACUGUAACGCCUUCUUCAAGUGCCUCCUCAGGAAUUUCGCAGUUAACACAAUGUAGUCAAAUUGCCAAUUUACCAGAGUUGCCUGCUUCCGAUGAAGAGCGUCUCCUACAAGCAGCUUUAUCUCUUCAACAAAAGCUAAUUCUGCGUCAGUGGAUGAGCAAAUUCAGUUUACUUAAUUAUUACCCACGAUUAUUAGCUCUUAAUGUUAACAGAUUAGAUGACGUUUAUUGGUUUGAAAAUAGUAAAGCAAGUCAUGUUCUUAGUAAAGAUUACGUACUAUGGUCUAAUGCUCGACAAUCAUUGCCUACAACUAAACAAGAGCUGGAAUCCCUAAAGGCUGAUCUUUGGUCAGAAGUUGUUAAAAGUACUAACCAUCAGGACGCGUGGACAUGGGGUGGAAUGUUAAUUGUAUCUGUAUCGAUCGCUGGGUUGGUCACUUUGGCUGCUAUGACCCAGCCGUCCCUAGCGCCAGAAGCAAAGCAUACUCUUCUACAGUAUGUUACCGGAAAGUAUUUGAUGCCAUCAAACUGCAAAGCCUCUCAACAGGUUACAUUUCAUUGGAACGAUAUGCAUCCAGUUGGUCAUACAGUCUGUUUUACUGUACAUUUCUACCAACGUAAUGGACAACCGUAUCCGAUUUGUGAUACUGAUCAAUUAACCGUUGAAGUCUCCGACGGAACCAGAAAGGUAAUAACUAAAGAAUAAAAAGAAAAGUUUAUCAGAAAAGGGAAACAAAAU